CAGAUUUUCAUAAACAAUGAAUGGCACGAUGCAGUCAGUAAGAAAACCUUCCCUUCUAUCAAUCCAGCCACAGGAGAAGUUCUCUGCCAGGUUGCUGAGGGCGAUAAGGCAGACGUGGACAAGGCCGUUAAGGCAGCCAAGGCAGCUUUCCAGCUGGGCUCACCUUGGCGGAGGAUGGAUGCUUCUCACCGGGGGAAGCUGCUGAAUCGCCUUGCCGACCUGAUCGAGAGGGACCGGGCUUACCUGGCGGCGCUGGAGACGCUGGAUAACGGCAAACCGUACUCCGUCGCCUACCUGGUGGAUUUGGACAUGGCAGUCAAAUGUCUCAGAUACUACGCAGGCUGGUCAGAUAAAUUCCACGGCAAAACCAUCCCGAUAGACGGAGACUUCUUCUGUUACACAAGACAUGAGCCAGUGGGAGUUUGUGGACAGAUAAUCCCGUGGAACUUCCCGCUGUUGAUGCAAGCAUGGAAACUGGGGCCUGCCCUGGCUACCGGGAACGUGGUUGUGAUGAAAGUGGCAGAGCAAACCCCCCUGAGUGCUCUCUACGUGGCUCAUCUGAUCAAAGAGGCUGGAUUCCCGCCGGGCGUGGUGAACAUCAUCCCUGGCUAUGGGCCCACUGCAGGGGCUGCCAUCUCUUCCCACAUGGACGUCGAUAAAGUGGCCUUCACCGGCUCCACGGAGGUCGGGCAUCUGAUCCAGAAGGCCGCAGCGGAGAGUAACCUAAAGAGGGUGACGCUGGAGCUUGGAGGAAAGAGUCCAAAUAUCAUCAUGUCCGACGCAGACAUGGACUGGGCUGUGGAUCAAGCCCAUUUUGCCCUGUUCUUCAACCAAGGGCAGUGCUGCUGUGCUGGAUCCCGAACCUAUGUCCAGGAAGAUAUAUAUCAUGAGUUUGUGGAGAGGAGUGUUGAGAAGGCCAAGGCCAGGGUGGUUGGAAACCCGUUUGACUUUAAGACUGAACAGGGGCCUCAGGUGGAUGAAGAGCAGUUUAAGAAGAUCCUCGGUUACAUUAGUACCGGGAAGCGUGAAGGAGCCAAACUGCUGUGUGGUGGCAACCCCGCUGCGGACAGGGGCUACUUCAUCCAGCCAACCGUCUUCGGCGAUGUGCAGGACAACAUGACGAUCGCCAGAGAGGAGAUAUUUGGGCCAGUCAUGCAGAUUCUGAAAUUCAAAACCAUUGAGGAAGUCAUUGAGAGAGCAAAUGACUCCAAGUACGGUCUAGCAGCAGCAGUCUUCACAAAGGAUCUUGACAAAGCAAACUACGUGUCACAGGCCCUGCGAGCUGGAACAGUUUGGAUAAACUGUUACGAUGUGUUUGGUGCACAAGCCCCAUUUGGUGGCUACAAAGCAUCUGGGAAUGGGCGAGAGCUGGGAGAGUAUGGUCUGGAGGCGUACGUGGAGGUGAAAAACGUGACAAUCAAAAUUCCACAGAAAAAUUCUUAAAGCACAGCAGCCUUGGAAACACCUAUGCAGCUUCGUGAGAUACAAAGCAAGGAAACCUUCUUAACACACACCCAAAACUUAGGUGGAAAAAUACCUGACUCUGUGUUAAGAAAUGUUUUUUUAGAAGGUGCCUGAAGGAGCUUUUGUUAAAAAAAACAUUAGUUGGCUUUAUCUUUUUACAAUACCAAAUACAGUCAAUUUAUUCACUGCACAGGUGCACUCUUGUUGCAUCUGUAUCUGAUGA